AUGAGUUGCACAGCUAGGAAGCAGGAAGAUAUGCGUCAUCCUGCACAAAGGCUAAGAGUGGUGAAUCGCACCACUUCUUUUGCUGCAUUCACGUUCGCUUUGAGACUUCCACACAAGUUUUACCGCUCUUUCACAACCUCACCACGUCGAUCAGAAGAACAUCUUCAUAUGAUUUCCAUAUUCUCUAAUGUUAAGGGGGUAUCAUCAAGCAGCAGCGAUUUCUGGAAGAAAACCGUUUUGGGCUUUCCGCCAAGGAUACCAUAUUCCACGGGGAAUAGUUGCGUCUUUCCGACACACCGUUAUGCAUUUUCCGAUUUUCAGGAACGCAUAGUACCAUGA